UAUACACUCUCAUCGCUUAUGAGCGCACAGCUGUUUAUUUCGUAUAAAGUGUUUGUUUACUAAUUUAUAUAAAGAAAAUUUAGCAAUAUUGGUUCAAAAUAAAGUGCAAAUUAAACUAAAUGCAAGUUAUUCAAAUAAUUGCUCUAAUUACCGAGGAACAGUUUGUUGUUUGCCAAAACUUUAUACAAACACAACUAUGGAGGAUUUGCUUCUAGCUGCCGAAGUGGUAGAAAGACCAUGCUACAGAGAGACUAGGCAUUCGUGGUUCACGGAGCGGGCCUACACCCAAAACAUACAACAUCACAUUUGGGAUCGGGAGUCUGGCCUGAAUCGUUAUAAUCGGCGUGGUUCUCUGCCCGUGCUAACGCAUGAUCUUGAAUUUUACAAAAGUAUAACACCCAGAUUGAGUAUAUUGUGUGUAGGAUCAUCGCUAGGUUACAUACGUAAAUUUACACCUGAUGGUAAACUACUAGUGAGUUUCUCACUUGAUCACAAUGCUGUGUCGGUAUACCAAUAUAAAGGCGUGGGCGCUGUACAACAUGCAUUAUACGGAAUAAAGGAUGAAGGCGUACAAGCUACUUAUGAGACUGGCAUAUUGCUCACCGACCAAUUGUUUCAUCUACUAUGGAAUAUACCACUAUUUUCUGAAUUUAAUACACGUUGGACUUUAAAUCGUGAAUUUAGCAUUUUUAUUGAGAAUGGUCAUUAUGUAUUGUUAGCCGCCAAGGGUAUCUUAUCUGCAAUUACUUAUAAUCGCGAACAUUAUGCAAACUAUCCAGAUUUAUUCGACGAUAAUGAGAUGUAUGACUAUAAAUUUUACUUAGUAGAUUUAGUAAAAGGCUGCAUUAGUGAUGAAUAUCAGAUUUGCGAUCUUGUCUUCCUAUCACACAAUUACGGUGUUUCAGUUCAUGGCAAUAAAAUUGCAAUUUUGUCACGUUGCCGUCAGUGCAUCGACGUGCUGGAGGUACGAAACGGGAAAUUUUUCAUGCGAUAUCAAGUGAAUAGAGAGCAAGAAACGGCUAGGAGAGAGGAAUUGGAAGGAGGGUUGCACACCAAUGGAGUACCGGAGCCAGAAAUGAAAGGAAUUCUUUCGCAAUUAAAGCAACAUUGUAUUGCAAAUGUGUACAAGGAUGCAAUCGCAAGCCAAAAUGCUAAGGAGAGACGUGAUCGCUUACGUGAAUUUUAUAAAGAUUUUCUUCUAUUUGAGCGAAUGAAAAUGAUAAAAACGCAAUUUGUUGAUGAUGAUCUAAUGCUCAUAAGAUUUGAAUGUCCGAAAUCAAAGCAAGCAUGUUGUAAUCAAGCAGAGCUCUAUAUCCAAACUAGACCCGAAUUCAAAUUGUAUGUAUUUUACUCACUGUCGCAAGACAAGGUAUUAAAAUGCUAUCCAUAUAACUCUGUGGAGUUGCUCUAUAUGCAGCGCAAUUUCCACGAUACUUUUCGGAAUAUGCGUUCAAUGCAAACUGGACGACCAGCCUCAACGCCUAGCAAUAAUAUUUAUUUUCGUUCAGCAUUUAACUGUGCUGUUAAAACUUUUGUGGAUCCAAGGAGAGCUGCAGAGCGACUCAAUCCCUCAUUGCCGGUCAAUGCGCAAGGUACCAGCUGUGCACCAUAUUUCAACUAUUACAUGUUCAACUAUGAUGAUCGACGCAUAUCUUCAUUGGAAGUGCCAAAAAAUGUCACACCAAAUCCAAUAUUAUUUACGGAUCGUUACACGUCUGUUUUAAAAUUUCGCAUAAUUCUAGAGACAUCCCGGCUGAAUAGAACUAGAAGUAAACAACUUGUGACUUUUGUUUUUCAUCCAUAUGAACCAUUUAUUAUAAGCAUACAACAUAUAGGAGAUAGCUAUCUUGUUAAUUUCCAUUUGUAUUGCGAAACAACUGUUGUAAGUCCCGGCGAAAGAAAACUAAAUAAUGAUUUAUGGGCUGUGAAUUAUGAUUGAUCAAAUAAUAUUUAAAGGUUAAUAAGUGUUUUGUGAUAAGACAUUUUAAAUGCAAUAUGUAAUGCAAA